AUGAAUUCAACAGCAGGCCAGCAGCUCCUCCUGAGAGACACAUUCGCCAUGGCCUUCAUGAAGAACUUCAUUGUAGUUUUGGUGUGGUUUCUUCUCAGCUACAUCAAUGGCAGCGUAGUGGCCACUUUCUUCCGACACCAGAUCUUUUACGAGGACCCUCGCUAUAUACUCUUCAUACACAUGGUCAUUAAUGAUGCUGUUCAGCUUACUGUAACCAUCGCUCUAUUCGUGGUCAGCUACAUCUUGUAUACUAUCAGUGUGGGAGUGUGUUGUUUCUUCAUCCUGGUGGCUGUGUUUACAACCCGCAGUACGCCUGUUAACUUAGCCGGCAUGGCUAUCGAGCGAUAUAUCGCGAUUUGUUAUCCUUUACGACAUGCUCAGAUCUGCACUGUACAUCGUGCUUAUGUGCUCAUAGGUGUUAUUUGGUUUGUAUCUGUGGUUCCUGAUAUCAUUGACCUUUUUGUGACUCUAGCCACCGAACCGCUGAGUUUCUUCCAAACGUCUGUUUUCUGUCUCCGUCAAAACGUGUUUAAAGACCCGGUGUUGCUCUAUAAGCGUCAGGCGUUUGACGGGAUUUAUUUCUCGCUGGUUGUUCUGACGCUCAUGUGCACGUAUUUAAAGAUCAUGUUCACGGCACAUUCGCAUUCGUCCCAGAAAACAUCGGCCAAACGGGCGACCAACACCAUCCUUCUUCACGGGCUGCAGCUGAUCAUGUGUUUGCUCUCCUACAUUUCUCCAAACGUUGAAGGAAUAUUGCACAUCAUCUUCCCAGGGCGCGUCCUGGAGAUCCGUUUCGCCAACUAUCUGAUCGUUUACAUUCUGCCGCGCUUUUUGAGUCCGAUCAUAUAUGGCGUGCGGGAUAAAAAGUUCCGCAAGUAUCUGAGGAGGUAUUUUGUCUGUGGAGUUUCUACAAUGGAAACAAGAGUUGAGUGUAAAGAUGGAGAUUAA